AUGUUCAAUGAAAGCAGCACAAAUGGCCAAGGGGUUGUGAAAGAAUGGUGUAUGCCCAAAGGGGAUUAUAGUAGGAGUAACAAUGGUAGCCCCCGGGGAUUAUACAAAAGGGAAGAAGGGGAAGAAGAACAAGACCAUACCGAAUUGAUGCAAAAUACGUUGCACAUGUUUGACCAUAUAAAAUAUGAAAAACAUAUUUUCUCCAAAAUUAUCAAAAAUGUAAUUACAUUUUUGAACAAAUUAAAAGAAGAAAAUAAGUAUUAUGAAUUCCUUUUUUCCUACAACACAUUUGUUAAAAAAUAUGGACCCCUAACAGAUUACAUAUGUUUUAAAAAAGUUAUAGAACGGAUUAAUAAGCUGGACAUUAUUGAAGUGUGUAUCUCUUUCAAUUUUAAUAAUGACAAUAUAUUCCAGACUUUGCUGUCUUCCUACCUGGAGUUGCAUUUGAAUGAAGCAAGCAACGUGUACAAUGUUCUGCUCGAACUGACGAGCGUCAUGAUAGAUGGUUAUGCCACUUGGGAAGAACAAAAUAAAGGGGACCCAGACUUCCUACACAUUUUAAUUUCCCAGUGUGAAUUGAAAUAUAUUUCCAAGGAGGAAAUAAACAAAUGGCUUAAUUAUGUUAUACAACAUGAGGAUAAUUACUCCAAUGUGCUUUUCUCCUUAAUCGACUUUUGUUUGAGCUUAACUAACCAUGUGCAUGCUUUGUUAGCGCAGGGCCUGGUUGGCUGUGAUACGUAUAAUGAGUAUGUGAACGAGUUGGUCAUUCAGAAGAGGAGUCUUUCCCGCCCCUCUGGGGAGGCCCACCAUAAGCAGCAUGUAGGGAUACAUAGUGCAAAAUUUACAACCGAUCAGUGUGGUGAACAAGUACGAAAGGAAAUCACGCCGUUCGGAAAAUAUUUGCUCAAUGAUGUAACCUCCGAAAGUGAUAGUAAAAAGGACAGAGGAGCAAAAUUAAGAACUUGUGUAGAAGACACACCUGGACAUGUAUACAUUUGUACCUUUGAAGACAAAAUUGUGUGCAUGAAAAGUGUAGACUUGAUAGAGCAACACUCCCAUGAUGCAAGAAUGAAUGAGGAUAGGAGUAUAUUUGUAUACGCCAUUAAGUCGUGGACCUCCAAUUUAUACAUAUUAAAAGUUCUUGUGUGCACCUUGUUGAAAGCGAUGAAAGUAGCGCACCACCUGAAACAAGACUCACUCACAAAAUUAUUUUCCUUUUUUAACAAUGUGCUAAGUGACAUUAUAAAAUGCUUUUACCAGAAGAAGGACGUCCUCUUCCUUAACCUAUUCUUCACUGACAUAUUGAAAACCAUGCACAUGCUGGUUUCCUUUUACAAUGAAAAUAUUGAGCAGACACCGAAACGAACCAUGCUCUUUUAUAAAUGCUUCAAUAAAGUUAUUGACCAGAUCUGUAUCUACCUCCACAAUAAGGCAUUCUUCAGUGAGAUGUUCCUUGGGAGGGGGGAAGGAAUUGCGCAAGUGGGGAAGUGCCUCCAGCAGUAUACGCACAAUUUUAAGGAAACUUGCUACAUGUUGUUUUGCUUGUUCUACGCCAUUUUGGAAAAGAUCAAUCGGGUGAAUAAUGAAAUUUUUAUAUUUUUCUGCUGCGUGCUUUUUGAAGAGGAGGAAAAGGUGUUGGAAGCAACGGGCGGAGUUACCCACUCAGCUAGCGAAUCGACAGAACCACGUGUUGUAAAGUCACUCUACCGGACGCUCUGUCUGAACAGGAAAUUUUUAAAUAAAUGCAAGGAAGACUUUAGAGGGAAGAGCAUUAAUCGAAUUAUCAACAUUUUUAUAUUUUUGGAAAAAAAAAUUAAUAAGUACUUUUUUUUUUUCAAAUAUGUUUUUGGCUUUGUGUGGAAUAGGUUUGGUAAGGGGGCACUCAGUGAUGAGAGACGGACCAGUCGUCUUCAUUCCUUUGCGAGAAGCGACUAUCGCGCGGCACAUCGUCGCUGGUCGCCAAGCAAGCCGCCGAACAAGAUGCAAACCGUUAUGAAGAGAAUAAAGUACGUCUUGCUAGACAUGUUUACCAAGUACACAAAAUUGCUCAUGGUGUAUAGAUUCCAUUUUGCCAGAUGCACAGAUGCAGGGAAGGAAAAGGAACCCUUCACAAAUGAGUUCCUUAUGUAUAUGAAGUCCAUCGAGUGCGUGCUCUUUUCUGUAUUUGUGUAUUGCCCUAAUGGUGUGCUAACUAAGCUCAACGCGUAUGCAACGGAGAGGGGCAAACUGGGCAAGCUGUCCCAUGGGGGGGGCAGGAGUCAGUUUUCAGCCUUCAACCGGGAAUUGUACUGUUUUGAAGAUGGGAAAUGGAGCGUACGGAGGGGCACAUCUUGUGAUACGUCUAGUGGGGCAGAGAGGCGCUCCCGCCGAGGGGGUAGCCCUGAUAAGAGUGAUAAUGGGAGUGAGUCAUUCAGUGGUGAGGACUCCUAUAGUAGCGCCAACUCCCGUGGUAGACGCUACCUGGGCAAGAAUUCUAACACGAAAGUCGAGUCAGAACGAGCAAGUGACGAAUGGGGGACGACACACCCAUGCGACCUCAUCGUUCUAAACGUACUGGGAAUCAUUUACGCAAAUGUGAUGGAGGAGGUGAGUAGCCACCGGUACUGUUAUGUUCAUUUUAAGCACUGCCUGGUGCAUGCAGAAUUUGUGAAGAAGUUGCGGGUUGUCCUGCUGGAAAGUGGAGGGGGCGAUCUGGCCCGCAUGAGGGAGAAGCUUCCCCUCCGUAGGGACGGACGCAGUGGCGGCAACGCGCCCAUUAGCUGCGACGAGCAGCGCAAAGGGGAAGUGGAAGGCGAAAUGGAGGUAUAUGCAGACGGGGAAAGCGAAGUACAGAUUGGCAAGGACGGAAGGAGUCAUCACCUCGCAUGCUACUUCGAGUUCCCGUACGAACUGCUAUGCAUGAUAAUCAUUCACCAGUUAAAAUGUUUUUCAAAUGACACCUUGAAGUGUUAUACAAUAUGCACAGCUGUCGUGGAGUUCCUCUUCUACAUCAGCUCGGCAAGGAACCCAUAUUUUUUUAUUAUCUCGAGAAGGUUGUGGAGACUACUGGGACUUCAAAUGAACAAGGGCGAAGAGACCCUAGCCCUGACGAUGCUCACAAAGAUAUUGUUUCACGUCUUGUCGGGAAGGGGUAAAGAAGACACUGUUGUGCAGAGCAGGAACGAGCGGCUAUUUACAAAAAGUAUUUAUAACAAUGAAAAACAGAAUUUGUUACUUUCCUUUUUGAAGAAGCAAUUUUUUAUAAAUGACGUUGGAAAAAAUUAUAUUUUUUUUUAUGGAAUUCUCCUGAAAGGUAUACAAUCUGAAGAACUGUCUCUCGAGGUGAUGCAGAUUUUUUUCAGCACCUUCCAUGUGCACCUGCAGUACACUCUCAACGUGUUGCUGCGCUUUUUGAAUUUGUACGAACGGGGCGUGGACAAGGCGGCGCGUGAAGUGGCUGCUGAGCAUGUAAAUGGUGACGAGGCUGCCCAGACAGGGCACAGCUCUUCCCUCGAUGUACCGCUAGCUCCAACCGAGGAAGGCACGAGCGAACCAAUUGAAGAAGCGAACAUCAUUUCCCUCUUCGUCUACUUCGACCUGAUGAAAGUUUUGCCACACAAUUUCCUAAACAUAAUAGGUGAUAUAAACCUCAUGAGAGAGAUACAAAAAACUUUCCUCUUCUUUAUAUACGUGAACGAUGAGUAUAGGUUACUGGAGCAGCGAGAAGAAGAGCACAAGCAUAUUGUUAUGGUGAAUCGUAUCAAGCGGUCUGGCAUGGACUACUACCAUAGCAGCGCAAAGAUUUACUUCCCCCUCGUUAUAUCUGCUCUCAUUUCCCACUACCUUCUUUUCAUUAUUAGGGAUAGCACAUUUCAAAUUCCAGGUCGACUCAUUUGUAAUUUUUAUGAAAAUUUUUUUAGUAACCGAUAUUUGUAUACCUUGUGUAGUAACCACGUGUACAUGCGAGUGUUGAGUGACUCGUUUGUCAUUUUGCAGCAUCUACUAGAGGGGGAAGCUAAGGUGGGGAAUGGGCUGUUGAAGGAUCACCAGUGGGGGGUCGUGAAGGGGGAUGAGGAGGAAACACAGAAGAGAGAUUGUGUGAAUGAACAUGGACAGGACAAACACGCGACGCAGCAUCUCCCUUUUGAGGAAACAGACGCUGGUGGUGAUAAAGCGGGGCAGGACUCUUCCAGCCAGAUGACUACCCUGACGUCGUGCCUCUUCCAGGUGUACAUACAUUUCCUGGAAGAGUAUGCCACCACGUUCCACGCAUCGAUUGCAACUUUGGUUAAGAAUAAAAUUUUGUGGCGCGGGGGUAGCAUGGGGGAGAUGUCGAAGGGGUCCUCCACAACAGCCAGGCUGAACGGGGCGAGCGGUCUGAAUGGGUUAAACGGGGCGAGCAAUGUGAAUGGGUUAAACGGGGCAAACACUAUGAACGGGUUAAACGGGGCGAGUAGUGCGAAUGGGUUGAGUGAGCCCACCUUACGGAGCGACAUGCCCGCGCUGGACGAGUCGACCUUCUGCCAGCUCAUUUACGUCGAUUUGAAGAGGGAGGGAAAGUACACCCCGUCAUUUAGCCAUUUGAUGCACACCCUCCUGGACAUUUUUUUUUGUAAACCCGUCAUGACAUCACAAGAACGGAGUAGGCAGGUCUUGGUGAAGGAGGUGGUUCCCCUGGCGACACUACAGACAGCAGAAAAAUUACAUUUACUACAGGCAAGGAGAAAUAAAUUCUUAAUAACCUUUUUCAGGAAUACCUUUUACGUACAGAGUUGCUCAGGGGACUACAUCAAGGACAGUCUUUCGAAGCUUGUGGGUUCACCCCUGUUGGGGAAGGACCGGGGGUAUUGUAAGGAAUUGGAGGAGUUAGCCAGAUUGGUUUUUUGCGUGGGGGCAAGUUCCCUUUAG